AUGAUGAUACUGGAACACGGGCAUUUUUCAAUAGUAUCUUCCAAUAGUAUACCCAAAAAUACUACAACUAAUAGCAGCAAAAUGCUAUCAACACAUUCCACAGCUCCUUAUUAUGACCGAGCAAAGCCUAAAAUCACAGCUUUGCCUUCAUUUAGUGAAUUGCUCACUUCUAUACCACUUCCAACGGCAUUUAAACCAAGGAGCAAUAGCAAUGUGUCUGCCACUUCUGUGAAUACGUCGAAUUCGGGAUCAUAUAUUGGAUUAUCAUCGGUGCCAGCUCCACCAUCACAACGUCAACAGCAGCAGCAGCAACAACAACAACAAUUACAGGUGUAUCGACCCUCACCUUACUCGUACUACAGCCAACCAUCGAUACAACACAGAUUACCCACACCACCACCUAAUCAUCAACAACAAAACACCCCAAAGCAACAAUACCAAUACCAAUACCAAUACCAAUACCAAGUUAUUGGCUCAAACCGAACGGCUUUUAUAGCUCCACAACCAGUUGUAUCGCAUCGUUCUUCAAAUGCUGAUCCACUAACCCCUGUAUCAGCAUCGAUGGAGACCAAAGUACGAUCUUCGUCUAUUAGUGAUAUUCCCAUUUCACCUGCUAUUGCCAACUCUUCAGCCGCAUCACCAUACACUCAACACCAUCAGCAACAAACAAGUCCACUGCAAACAUCUACAACAGCAUCUUCAUCAGCUACAUCACCAGUAUUGGUGAACCAUGUAACUAAAGAUUCCCGCAGAAAACAUGUUUGUAAAGUUUGUUCAAGAUCUUUUACCACUAGUGGUCAUUUGGCUAGGCACAAUCGUAUACAUACCGGUGAGCGUAAGCACAAGUGCCCUUGGCCUACUUGUGAUGCUAGAUUUGCUAGACAAGAUAACUGUAUGCAACAUUACAAAACCCAUACAAAUGGAAAGAAUAAGAGGUCGAGAAAAUAUGUUAGUCAGGUCAAGUAUGGAGGAGUUUCAAUUGCUGGUGUUGGUGUUGGAUCCAUGCCACCAAUGCAUUCUCAUGUGGUGCCAAUACUGCAGAAUCCUCAAAUAUUUCCUAGUGUGUCUCAUUUGACGAGGUGA